CCCAAUCAGAAUGGUUGUGCAGAAAGUUGGGCGGGAGAUGUGGUAACAGCUGAUGCUUGAGUCGUAGGAAGGCAGUGCGGAUGGGGAGACGAUAACAACCGCAAGGCAUCAUGAGGUUUUUGUCAAGUCUCCUUUGGGCAGCUCUUUUGGUUGAACAGGUUUUAGGCGAAUAUGGUAUGGCACAUUUCAGUGAAUGGGGAAACAACAAAGGCAAAGAUUACUGCAUUUUCUUUAACUCUCAGUGGGCUCGACUACCUCAGGACCUCAGUAAAGCAGCACGAAUGGAGACCUAUGAUCUCACCACAUCUAUGCUCUGCUCACCCUACGACGUACCCAAGGGUGGCUUUCUGAACACCAUCCCAAUGGUGAUGAGAGGAAAUUGUACUUUCUAUGAGAAAGUGAGAUUGGCACAGAUUAACGGUGCCAAGGGAAUUCUGAUUGUCAGCAAAGAUAGACUGACACCGCCCAUAGGCAACGAGUCCCAAUAUGAGGAGAUAGGCAUCCCAGUGGCUUUGCUUAGCUAUAAGGACAUGCUGGACAUCAGUAAGAAAUUUGGUGAGAAGAUGCAGGUGGCCAUGUACGCACCUCAUGAACCAGUGGUGGACUACAACAUGGUGAUCAUCUUUCUGAUGGCGGUGGGCACUGUGGCCGUUGGAGGAUAUUGGGCUGGCAGCAGAGAUAUUAAAAAGCGUUACCUGAAACACAAGAGGGACGACAGUGCCGACAAACAAGAUGAGGAGACCGUUGACGUCACCCCCAUCAUGAUUUGUGUAUUUGUGGUCAUGUGCUGCUCUAUGCUGGUGCUCUUGUAUUUUUUCUAUGAUCAAUUGGUCUAUAUGACCAUAGCCACAUUUUGUUUGGCAUCCGCCGUCGGCCUGUACAGCUGUCUCUGGCCAUUUGUUCGACGAAUUCCUAUUGGGAAAUGCAGGAUACCUGAAAAUAAUCUGCCGUACUGCCACAAGCGGCCGGAGGUGCGAAUGCUGAUCCUUUCAGCCUUCUGUAUAGGAGUCAGUGUGACUUGGGGAGUUUUCCGCAAUGAAGAUCAAUGGGCGUGGGUGCUUCAGGAUGCAUUAGGCAUUGCCUUUUGUCUCUACAUGCUGAAAACAAUCAGACUGCCCACAUUUAAGGCCUGCACACUACUGCUGGUCGUCUUGUUUGUCUACGAUGUGUUUUUUGUUUUCGUAACACCACUUUUAACUAAGAGUGGUGAAAGUAUCAUGGUGGAGGUGGCGGCUGGACCCUCUGACUCCUCUACACAUGAGAAGCUUCCGAUGGUGCUAAAAGUGCCCAGGUUAAACUCUUCUCCUCUAGUCCUGUGUGACAGACCCUUCUCUCUGCUGGGAUUUGGAGAUAUUUUGGUACCAGGUUUGCUUGUAGCAUAUUGCCACAGAUUUGACAUUCUCAUGCAAACAUCUCGAAUAUAUUUCCUGGCCUGCACUAUUGGCUACGGCAUCGGUCUGCUCAUCACAUUCGUGGCUUUGGCUUUGAUGCAGAUGGGUCAACCUGCUCUCUUGUACCUGGUGCCCUGUACUCUGCUCACCAGCCUCAUGGUGGCGCUGUGGCGCAAGGAGCUGCCUUCGUUCUGGACAGGAAGUGGAUUUGUGCCUACUCCUAUUGUCAUGGAGCAAAUAAACUGUACUCAAACUCCAGGUCAAUCCACAGAUGAACCCCAGUCAAACCCUGAGCAGCUGGACUCUGAACCGACCAAUCAGAGUGAAGAGCCUCCUCCAGCAGCACAAGAGGAAGCUCCACAUCCUAAAGAUGCAGCUACAACAUAAAGACUGAUCAUAUUUUCUUCUUUCUUCUUUUUUUAAGUCAGUUAUAGAUCUGACCAUGUAUGUAAUAGACUUGAGCAGUAUGAACAUUUCAAUGCACUUUGCAGAGAGAAAGAAGAAAUCAGUGGCAGCAGCGGUUUUAAGCCUUUAUAUAUGUAUAGUGUGUUUAAAUCAGAGACACAAGAACGUAACUUGAUGUCUGCUUGAACUUUAUCCGAUUUAUUGGAUUGUGUGAAGAACGGAUCAAUAUGGAUGGCUUUCAUCUAAUUCAUAAGGUUCGCAGUUGUGUGUUAUUUUUGUUCUCUUUGUCUUUGUAAAUCGACAGUAUCUCUUUAAAUGAAACGGUGCAGCUAGACGUUUUCCAACAAAUGUCAAAUAAAAGAUGACUCACUGAAAAUAUGUCUGAUAUUAAGCUUUUAGUGAAUAAUACAUAAUUUACUGGUU